AUGGCGCCCGCAUUGGGGAAACGCCUCGCCGUGGCGGGCAUUGUCGUCUUCGUCACCCUCAUCGUCUAUGUCUGGCAAAGUCACCUGCUCCCCAACGUCGAGAAGUUUCUACCAAUCGUUCAUUCUGGCCAUUCAACAGUGCCAAUCGUCCCGCACAAAGAGAUUCGAUGUCCAAGCGGUUUUGGGGAAGGCCAGUCAAAGUCGUUUGGAAAUAGGACCACGUCGCAGGCAAAGGAGCACCAACUUGUGACGGCCCCAAAAAUCAUUGGACUGGUGUUUUUCGGUCGACGCGCUACUGUUUCUAUUCUCGACUGCUAUCUGAAGCGCAACCUCGCGACGAAUGGCGGUCUUUUGGACGAAGUUAUCUGGCUACAGCGAACCAGCAAUGUGGAGGAUUUGGCCCUGUUGGACAGGCUGCUCGAAAGCGAACCGGGAUACUCGAGACAAAUAAUAGACGAUGCCAAUGCGCAUGACUUUGCUAGCUCCUACAACCUGAUCGACAACGAUAACAUGUACAUCAAGAUAGACGAUGACGUUCAGGAUAAGGUCUUUAUCGAAGAAAACGCUAUCCGAUCCAUUGUUUGCACCAAGCUCACCCGGCCAGACUUCUACGUCGUGUCUGCCAACGUCGUCAAUCAGCCCAUGAUCAGCUGGAUUCACUGGAAUCUCGGAGCUGUUCGACCCUAUCUACCCGAAACAAACAAAGAAUACCCCGCGCCUGAACCUGGGCACCAAGUCGACUGGAGAGCAACUGUGUUGCCCUCUUGGGACGGCCCGAGUGAUGUCAACGCCAGCUACUGGAACUCGCCUGACAACAAGAAACAUCGGUGGCUCCCUGUGCGCGGCAAGUCAGACCAUGUUCUGGAAAAGACGCCCAUCAUGGAGACGCAGUAUGACGCGUUUGGUACCGGUCUUCAGCGCUGGCAAGUCGCCGCACAAGAACAUUAUAGUUUCUUUGAGAACUUGGAGGCCCGAGAGUUGUGGCGAUACAAGUUCAAUAUUUGGGAUUUUCAGCGGCUGCGAAUGGGUAUUCAAUUCAUCGCCAUGAUGGGCCACGAUAUCAAUGCCGCCAAACCCAUCAACAGGGAUGACGAAGAGCAUUUCUCCGUGACCAUGCCCCGAAAACUCGGCAGGAGUGCCGUUGCCGAUGGCCGUGGUGUUAUCGCCCAUUAUAGCUUUGGGCCGCAGUCAAGAAAUGGAGGCCUGAGCACUACCGAUAUAUUAGAUCGUUAUCGCUCCUAUGCUAAGGAGAAUGUCUGCACGGGCCCUAUGCUCUGGUCCCCAUAG